GUUGCAGUACGUCUCCUGUGGUGCGUGAGAAAAGAGUGGACGGGCAGGGGAGACCGGCGGUUCCGGAGGGGAUGGGUGUGAGAAUAUUAAUCAAUUGAUGAAUCGGAAAAUUGCAACCAUCGUUGUCCUUACAACUGCCAUGGGUUUGGCGCUUUCACGACCGCCACGACGUCUCAAGAACAGCGACCACAAGACCAGCCGCUACGGCCGCACAGACCAAAAUCACUUCUCCGCACGUCCGAAGCCUCCGUUCGACAAUCACAGCUUUGAGAUAUUCUACUAUGGAGGAGCAACACCUCCCCAACACGUACUUACCUGAAGGCGCCGGCCGUCGGCUGCUGCACCUUCUGCACCUUCAUAGGCCAUGAAAUGAGCGACGGGGGAANUGUUCACGGGGAGGAAACACCGAUCGGGGGACAUUUGGACUACAUGUGUAGCUUGUCAAAGAUCGUGUGUAGCUCAUGUGCCAAGAUAAGCUUAUCAUGUCUGCCUGUACCCAUUCAGACCCAUCCACCACGUCGUUCUUGCGCAUUCACUUUUUGGCCAACAUUUGCUUUCUUGCUAUCGAGGAUGAUUGCCGACUACAUGUAUGGGACGAAUAAACUGUGGCAAGAAGGAGAGGAGGUGGUUUGGCUGUUCGGGAUUUUUUCAAGAAAGGGCACGAGAAUGUGUGCAGGAUUGCAGGAGGGAGCAUGAGCAGCCA